UGUUUUACUGUCAGUGUGGAAAAUAUUUUUGUGCACGUUAUGUUUAAGAAAUGAUAACAGAUUCACUUUUAUGCAUCGUCGGUAAUACAAAAACAAGCAAUCUAUUGAAUGAUUUUUAGGGAUGCGAUUUCACUUAAGGAGAAUAUGUUUAGUUUUGAUCUGGAUACUGGUAAUUAUGCUUAUGUAUUAUUUCCUAAUAAAUCUGCGCAAAGAAAUUCAGAGAGAUGCACGAAGUUUCAUGCUGAACAAAGAUAAGUUAGAAGAUAUAUAUAAUAACGAUGGUGCUGACAAGACGAAAGAAGAGGAGAAACAUAGUAACAAUACUAAUCUGACGGAAAAGAGAGAGUUACAGACUGUUAGUAAGUCUGUUUACAACAGUAACGAAACUAAAGCUCGGGAAGGAGCUAAAUCAAGUCAUUUGCCAGCAAGUGGAACAUGCAACAAGACAAUAUUUCCGGCACAUUUGAAAACGGAAGAAAUUUGGCAGCCGGUGGACAGUAACAAAACAAUGUAUGUGUUUUCAGCCUACUAUGUCAAAGCAAGAAAAGGCGUCUUUAUUAUUGGUGUCAAACCCAGAAGACCUGUCAAAGUUAUUUGCAAACUCUGGACGUGGAAUAAAGGAAACAGCUCCAAUGUGCUUCACGAAACAGUCGGUGCAGUUCGAGCUCCAGAGGAAGGAUUCAAACAAAAAUACACAUCCACAAUAUUUAUGUGUCCCCUAGGUCAAUCGGAAGUGCCGAGUCAUAUUUCCCUGGUAACAAACUUCUGUGAACAUCCAUUGCAUGUGCUUCGGGUGAUAAACGCCUCAGAAAACAGAAAUUACAAACGACGCUUUACAGUGUGUCUGUCCCCACUACACUUCCAAUAUGGCCGUGCCUACGAACUUGUGGAAUGGAUCGAAUUCAAUAAAAUCCUGGGAGCUGAAAAGUUUGUUGUGUACAAUUAUUCAAGCGCUAGCAAUGUAGAAGAAGUAUUUGAAUAUUAUUCUAAAAGGAAAUUAACGGAAGUGGUACAAUGGCGAUUGCCAAUGGGCGCCCAUACAUUUUCUAGAACAAAUAAUCCAAUAGAAAUGAAUUAUUUUGGUCAGACAGCCGCACUCAAUGAUUGUUUGUUCAGAAACAAACAGUUUUCUGAAUUUGUUGUAAAUCUUGACCUAGAUGAGUUUCUCGUACCACAUUCUGAAAACGCAAGAAGUUGGUACGAGAUUAUAAGAGAAAUGGAAAACGCAUCAGUUUAUAUAUUUCAGAAUACAUUCUUUAGAAAAGACUGGACUAAAAUAGAAAUUUCUUUUCCUGGUAAGAAAUUAGCAGAAAAAUUCCAAUUGGUAACUUUACAUGUGUUUCAACAUGAAGCAAAGAUAUUUCGUGCGGAUGUAAGAUCUAAGUAUAUCGCUCGGACGGCUGGCGUUUACCUUAUGUUGACCCACAAAGUCCCAAGUGCCCCUAGAGUGAUAGUUCCAAUAGAAAAAGGUUUAUUACAUCAUUACCGAGACUGGAAGAACCCAAAUGACAAUAAUCAAAAGAUUACUGAUAUAACAGUAUUGAAAAAGUUUGAAAAAUCUCUAAUCAAAAACGUUGAAAAUGUGUGGAAAGAACUUGCACAUGUCAAGAUGGACAUGUCAAUAAUUUGACUGUAUUUCGAGAGUAUAUAUAUUGUAUAUUCUAACAUGUCUGCAUUUGUUUGGAAGAUAAACAGAAAAGAAAGUCAGAUGGUGUAUAUUUUGCAGUCAUUGACUUAUGUUUGAUAUUGAUACAGGUCCGUCAAAACACAUAUUGACCGAAACAUAAGUCUAUAAUUGUUAUAUUAUAUGCCCUCUAAAUGCAUUCAUUUGACUGGCCCAUAUUUCAUACAUAUAAGAAAAAGUGAUAUCACAAGAGUCAUUAUCACUUUUGUAGGUCAAUAUCGCUUUUUGCGGACCCGCGCGUGCACUCAUUUCGACCAAUCAAAUGAGGGCAUUUGAGAAGGGUAUAUAAUAUUCUGCAAUAAAACACGGUCCACGCGUGUCAAUGAUGUUUGGUUGAGUAUUACUUGGAAGAAAGAAGUCAACUUAAAAUAUCUAUCAUAAAAUUUCAAUGCUCAUUUUAGAAUUGAAAAAAACAACAAGAUCUUCUUUUAGUUUAUACCCGAUGUAGUACCAUGGUUUAUCGUUCAAUAGCUAUUUAAACCACUCGGGCUGACGCAUUUGGACUCUGAUCCGUAGUAAAUCAGACUAUAAACCACACCAAUGCCGUGUAUAUUUCAUAAACAAAUAUUAGCUAUAAAACUAUACUGAAAAUUUCUAAUCAUAUUUCAAACAUUUUGUCAGUUUAUGUAAUUUUUUCUUUGUAUUAUAAAAUUAUUUCACUGACUGAAGGUGCAGAUGGGAAUUUCCGGCAUCGAGGAUAACUGUUUAGGCAUUAACGAGGCUCUGCCGAGUUACCGCGUAAACAGUUACCGGAGAGCCAGAUAUUCCCAUCUACACCUACAACCAGUGAUAGAAGAUUUUUCUUGCAUACCAUAUUCAAGAAAUAAUAAUUAUAAUAAAAUCAAUCGAACGGCUUUAGUUUUAGAACUAUUUCUUAUAGCAGCGUAUUUAAACAAAGCGCGGGAAACCAACGUCCGUAAGCAGGAAAGACGUUUCAAAGACAAAAUUUGUUUAGUUCCGGUUUUGUUUUAUCAGUUGCAGCGUAACUUUAUGAAUUUUUGAUCAAAUUACGUUUUUUGAAUCGAGAAAUAUACUAUCAGGAACAAAGAGGUACUGUCAAGGUAUUUGAUUUUUAUUCCGUCUUUUUUUUAAAGAUAAAAUAUAAAUCUACAUAUAUGUAGUUCGUAAUACGUCAUUUACAGCACGACAGUCAUCUUACACCCUGGGUUGUAAUAUUGUUUUUUUCCAGCACCGGUAAAAUAUCGGAAAUCCCCGUCUGGUAUGCAAGAAAUUACAUUAUUGUUUGUGUGUUGUUAUCGACUCUGCAGUUAAGAAUACCCUAAAGCUAACCCUUAACCCUAGGGGGCGUGGACCUUACAAUGUAUUUUCACUACCGUCCAUCAACAGGAUCAAUAAUCCAAUCUGCAACAUUAUUCACUUUUCUCGUGUUGGGUGACCUGUGGAGUUUACAUUUUUAGCCAGUGCUUUAGCAACUGGCUAUAGCUCUAAAUCUACUACCAAGUUUCAACCUCGCGUCGUUUGAGUUUUCCUUCUAUUUCUAUGUGACCGCAUCACACAAAUAUUCUGGACGUGUAAAAAUAGUCCAUAUUUAUUUUUAUAAUCUUGGUAUUGUAUGAAUGUGUGAGCAACUGAGGACUACUGUUUUAAACAACAAAAACAAGCAGCAAGGGAUUCUAGAAUAAUUAUGAAAUUUAUAUUCACAUUCGAAAUUUUCGGAAUCACUCCGCUCUAGGGUUAGA